CCAGCUGUUGCCAACUGUCAAUUCGUUGAGCAUUUGGAUUAGUUUUGUGGUCUUCAUUUCUACAAAAUAUAUUAAAAGGAAAUCCCUGCUUAAAGCUUCGAAUAGGUCAUGUCGAAGAUAUUGAAAGUUAGCACCGGUUUAACUGGAUUGGCUGUGGCCACAAAUCCCCAUCAUACACUUGGAGCUUUGUAUGGCAAAAUUUUAAGGGCCGUUGCUAAAAUGCCACAAGAUGCCGCCUAUCGCAAAUACACUGAACAAAUUGUUCAACAACGUUCAAAAGCUGUGGAAGCUAACAAAGAUAUCACAGCUUUAGAGAAAGCAAUUGGCUGUGGUCAAGUCGAGGAAUUGAUUGUCCAAGCCGAAAAUGAAUUGGUUCUGGCUCGUAAAAUGUUGGGCUGGAAGCCCUGGGAAAAAUUAGUUCAAGAAACACCAGCUAAACAGUGGGACUGGCCACCAGCUCAAUUAAGUGAGCCAAAGAUUUAAAUUAAAUAUGUGGUCCCUUAAAAAAUAUAUAGUUCAAUAAAUUGAUUGUAAUUAGAAA